AUGGCCGUCUACGCAAGCCCCCUGGUCUCCUCAGACCUCGUCUGGCAGAUUGUCCGAAGCAACAACUCUUACCUCGUCAAGAGAAAAGAGGCCGGCGGAGUCCAGCUGUCGCGUGACCCCCUGAACCUGACCAACAAGCACUCGCGCAAGUAUGCCGGUUUCGUGAACGACAAGGCUAUCGGUGUCGUCGCUGCUGAGAAGGGUGGCGUCAAGGUCAUCAGCAAGAAGGAGUCUGCCGCGCAAAAGCCGGGCAAGACCACCGUCGAGAGCUCUUACCACGGUGGCAAGUCCGCUCGCAAGACCUACAAGGCUGUCGCCAACCGGGCCGCCAAGUCCGGCUACCGACCCGACCUCCGUGAAGCCGCCGUCGCCCGUGUGUCCGCCAUCCGAAAGUCCCAGCUGGAGCCCAAGCCCACCCCCGAGAAGAAGCCCCGUGGCAAGAAGGCCAAGAAGGCCACCUCUGAGGAAGCGUAA